ACUACUCAGAGCUAGAGAGAGGAAGUAAAGAUUGUCUGAUCUGAAUUUCUUUUUACUUAAUUUGAUCUUCUUUCUUUUUCAGAACUGAUUUUCAAUCUUUUUUUUCCGGUUUCUUCGUUGAUGGGUUUUGGUGGUGAGAAAGACUGUCGUAUAGAUGCAUUCUCUUACCCAAGAGCUUGUUUUUUUAAUCUUACAGUUCCUUGAUGAGGAAGGUUAUAAAGAAAGUGCUCACAUGCUCGCGCGUGAAAGUGGAUAUUUCUUUAACUUAAAGUUUUUUGAGGACCUGGUACUUGAUGGGAAGUGGGAAGAGGUUGAGAGGUAUCUUUCUAGUUUCACAAAGGUUGAUGACAAUAGGUACUCAACCAAAAUCUAUUUUGAGAUCAGGAAGCAGAAUUUCCUUGAGGCAUUGGACAGUCACGAUCAUGCAAAGGCGUUAAAUAUUCUUAUGAAGGAUUUAAAAGUUUUUGCUCCUGAAAAUGAAGAGCUGUUCAAAGAAAUGACUCAGCUCUUGAUAUUAGACGAUAUAAGAGAACAUGAGUCUCUCUCAAUGUAUGGAGAUACAAAGUCAGCGAGGAAAACUAUGAUGUUGGAAUUAGAGAACGUAAUUGAGGCAAAUCCUCUUAUCCGUGACAAAUUGAAAUUUCCAAGCAUCAAAAUUCAUAGGCUAAGACGUCUCAUCAACCAAAGCCUAAAUUGGCAGCAUAUACAUUGUACAAAUCCUCAACCAAAUCCUGAUAUAAACACCCUUUUUGUGGAUCAUGUUUGUCAACUUCAAGACUCUUAUUUAUUAGCCCUGCCAAUUGAAAGCAAUUCUCUGCCUUCUCAAGCACCGGCAGUGCCAGUUUCAGCUUCCCCAGAAAGUUGGAAUCCUAGUCCAUCAUCAGUAACUUAUUCUGCAGUUUCUAAAGAGGCAUUCUCUCUGGUUAGUCCAAUAAAUCCAGACCCAACUAUGGAUGACCCGGAGGAUUCUGAGAUUAUCUCUGAGAAAAAGCUAGCUGGGUUCAUGGACGGGGUAAUAUCACCAGUCAACUCUCCUGGUUCAACUCACAGCACCCUUUUCAACAUUCCUGUUGAUUUGCCCAAGACAGUUGCACAAACAUUGAAUGAGGGUUCAUCUCCAGUGAGCAUGGAUUUUCAUCCUGUUCAGCAUACUUUACUUCUAGUUGGAACCAAUAUAGGGGACAUAGGAUUGUGGGAUGUUGAUUCUCGAGAAAAAUUGCUGUCAAGGAAUUUUAAGGUUUGGCAUAUUGGAGCAUGCUCAAGGUUAUUCAAGACAGCUCUGGUUAAAGAUCCAUUUGUUUCUGUUAAUCGUGUAACUUGGAGUCCUGAUGGGUCUUUGUUUGGCGUUGCAUAUUCAAAACAUAUACUCCAGUUAUAUUCCUACCAUGGUGGCAUUAACGUUCAGCAGAAAUUGGAGAUUGAUGCUCACAUUGGAGGUGUAAAUGACCUAGCAUUCCCUAAACCUGAUGGGCAACUUUUGGUCAUAACCUGUGGGGAUGACAAGACAAUUAAGGUGUGGGAUGUGGUUAGCGGUGUCAACAUGUAUACCUUUGAAGGUCAUGAUACUCCUGUUUAUUCUAUUUGUCCUCAUACGAAAGAACGUAUUUCUUUUAUAUUCUCAACAUCGGUGGAUGGCAAGAUAAAAGCAUGGUUAUAUGACAAUUUAGGAGCUAGAAUUAAUUAUGAUGCUCCUGGUCUCGGGUGCACAAGAAUGGCUUAUAGUGCUAAUGAUCAAAGGCUUUUUUCAUGUGGGACUACUGAGGAUGGACAGUCGUUCCUUGUUGAAUGGGAUGAAAGUGAAGGUUCUAUAAAAAGAAACUACCAAGGGCUCCGAAAUGACUCUUUGUCUGUAGUGCAGUUUGAUACAACCAAGGACCUAUAUUUGGCUGCUGGAGAUGAUCAUAUGAUUAAAAUAUGGGAUAUGGACAAGGUUGAGCUCUUGACAACCAUUGAUGCAGAUGGAGGAUUACCUGCAAACCCACACAUUCGCUUCAACAAGCCAGGAUCAUUGUUGGCUUGUAUUGCAAAUGAAAACAGAAUAAAGAUCUUGGCAACUGAUUGUGGUCGUCCGUUGAUGCAUACAUCUGAUGGUAGUUCUGCUGAUUCUAGAGAUUUGUCUGAUACUUUUAGGAAGGUUAGCAUAUUAAACCUUCUCCUACAUUUUAGACAAAGAUUUAUCCUGCCUAAUGCUUUUAAUUUCACGCAGCUAGCAAUCAAUCCUAUUUCAACUGCGGCUGGUGCUGGAGUCACUGAUGCUGGUGUUCCUGUUAUUGAGGACCAAACGAACUUGAAGAAUGUGAAACCUGAAAUUUUGGGAGAAUCCAACUAUCAAACUAAGGUUGGGAAGCCCUUAAUUACUCGACCUUCUCAGUGCCAGUCACUGCGGCUCCCUUCCCAUGUGAAAGCGAACAUGAUAUCAAAGCUGAUCUACACCAAUGCGGGUAAUGCCAUUUUGGCAUUAGCAUCAAAUGCCACUCAUCUAUUUUGGAAAUGGCCAAAGAAUGACCUGAACUUGAGUGGCAAGGCCACUAGCAAGGUUCCCCCUCAAUUAUGGCAACCAAGGAACUGCUCACGACUUAUGGUUAAUGACACUACAGGCAGCAAUCCUCAAGAGGUUGUGCCCUGUUUUGCUUUGUCCAAGAAUGAUUCAUAUCUCAUAUCAGCAUCAGGAGGGAUAAUUUCCGUGUUCAACAUGCUGACAUUUAAGACAAUGAUGACUAUUAUGCCUCCAUCACCUGCGGCAACAUGUCUGGCUUUUUUCCCUGGAGAUAACAAUAUAGUUGCUAUUGGCAUGGAUGAUUCCUCAAUUCUGAUAUACAAUGUCCGUUUCAGUGAGGUUAAAAGCAAGCUUGAGGGGCACCAUAAAAGAGUCAGUGGCCUUGCCUUCUCUAAUGCUCUGGAUAUAAUGGUUUCUUCUGGAGCAGAUGGUCAGAUUUUUGUGUGGAAUGUUUACGAUUGGGAAAAGCAGAAAUGCAGAUUCUUGCAGAUUCCUGGUGGUAAAAUGCCGGUAGCACUGACUGACACUCAUGUCCAAUUUCAUCAGGACCAGACACACUUCCUUGCUUUUAAUGAGUCUCAUCUAGCAAUAUAUGAAAUCAAGGAAUUGGAAUGUCUGAAGCAGUGGGUAGCAGUAGGUUCAUCAUAUAUUUCCGGAGCCACAUUCUCGUGUGAUAGCCAGAUGGUGUAUGCAACCUUUUUGGAUGGAACUGUGUCCAUAUUUGAUGCUUUGAAUCUUGAAUUACAUUGUCGCAUUUUACGCACUGCUUACCUUCCUCCCACUACCAGUAUUGAGGUGUACCCACAUGCUAUAGCUGCAAAUCCUCAGAAACCAACUCAGUUUGCAGUGGGACUAACAGAUGGUGGAGUUCAUGUGUUUGAGCCUCAAGAACCUGUUGAUAAUUGGGUUGUGGUGACUCACACCAGAUGAUAUACAUAAUGAUAAUGCAGAGAUGUAGAAAAUGUAUUUAUGUAUGUCCUAGUUUAAGUAAGUAAAUUGAAAAGCUGAGCAAAGAGCACAGACCAAAAACAUCAUGUUGGGAAUAAUCCCCAUGUUUAUGUUUUAUCCAAAGGACCAAAUGUCUUUUCUUUAUUAAUUAGCUAUAUUAUCAACCCAGAUGCUGAUGCUGA